AGCCGGCGGCCACGCCGCGGAGGGCGCAGGGCGAGGGCGCGGGGCGUCGGAGCGCGCGCGCAUGGAGGCGGCGCCGGUAGCCGCCUGAGGGCAGCGGGGCGAGCGGAGCGGGCCUUCUUGCGCAUCCCUCGAGCCACCUCGCGUUCGCGGCACCCGGCGGCGGCGGGCCGCGGAGCCGGCGCGGCCAUGGCGACGGGCACUCAGCAGAAGGAGAAUACGCUGCUUCACCUCUUCGCCGGCGGGUGUGGGGGCACGGUUGGUGCUAUUUUCACUUGUCCACUAGAAGUCAUUAAGACACGGUUGCAGUCCUCAAGAUUAGCUCUUCGGACAGUCUAUUAUCCUCAGGUUCAUCUGGGGACCAUUAGUGGAGCUGGGGUGGUGAGACCAACAUCCGUGACACCUGGACUCUUCCAAGUUCUGAAGUCAAUCUUGGAGAAGGAGGGACCAAAGUCACUUUUUAGAGGCUUGGGUCCAAAUUUGGUUGGAGUUGCGCCAUCAAGGGCCGUGUACUUCGCGUGUUACUCCAAAGCCAAAGAGCAGUUCAGUGGCAUCUUUGUGCCUAACAGCAGCCUCGUGCACAUUCUCUCGGCCGGCUCUGCAGCUUUUGUCACAAAUACCUUAAUGAAUCCUAUAUGGAUGGUUAAAACCCGGAUGCAGCUAGAACGGAAAGUGAGAGGCUGCAAGCAGACGAACACACUGCAGUGCGCGCGCCAUGUUUACCAGACCGAAGGCAUCCGUGGCUUCUACAGGGGAUUAACGGCCUCCUACGCUGGAAUUUCCGAAACGAUCAUCUGUUUUGCUAUUUAUGAAAGUUUGAAGAAGUAUCUGAAAGAAGCUCCACUAGCCGCCUCCACAAAUGGGACUGAGAAAAAUUCCACAAGUUUCUUUGGACUUAUGGCAGCUGCUGCGAUUUCUAAGGGAUGUGCUUCCUGCAUCGCUUAUCCACAUGAAGUCAUAAGGACACGGCUCCGGGAGGAAGGCACCAAGUACAAGUCUUUUGUCCAGACCGCUCGGCUGGUCUUCCGGGAAGAAGGUUACCUUGCCUUUUACAGAGGACUCUUUGCCCAGCUCAUCCGGCAGAUACCAAAUACUGCCAUUGUGUUGUCUACCUAUGAGUUAAUUGUGUACCUGUUAGAAGACCGUACCCAGUAACGGGCCAGAAAAUUGUGCUCUAGAAUAAAAUUGAAAAACUCUAGAGAAA